AUGGCAUCCGCAGUCGAGUCAUCACCCGUCCACUCCCCGCCCGGCCCAGGCGUGAAAAGGCCCAAAGGCAUCCUCAAGAACCCGUCGCACCAGAAGUCCCCCCCGCCGCCUGCCCCCGCGCCGAUGCAGCGCGAGCGCUCCAUGUCGGGCAAGGAGGUGACGCUGGCGAACACGCAAAUCAACGCCGGCCGGCGUCGCUCCUCUUCGGCCGGCCGUCGCCCCGCCGGCUCGCGCCGUCAGUCGGCCAACAUGUCGGAGCUCAACGAGUCGUCGCAGCGCCUCAAGUGGGACGAGGCAAACCUCUACCUCACCGAGCAGGAGCGCUCCUCCACCAUGAAGAUUGACGAGCCCAAGACGCCCUACGCAAAGCACUACGAUCCGGCAGAGGACCCGUCCGACGACGACGAUGAAGACGACGGCGGCAGUCGUGGUCCAGGCGUGCCGGUGCGCGACGCCGACGACAACGCCCGCAAGGCCCCGCGCCCCCGGUACGACGACGAGAUCCCCGGCCUCUCCCUCGGCGAGCCCGAAGAGGCCGUCCCCGAGCCCGCGCAGGGCAUCCCCCGCAGCGCGAGCGAGAAGAGCGUCCACGUCGACGACGAGAGCGUCGCCCUCAGCGCCGAGGCCGCCGGCCUCUUGUCGCCCGAGGAGCGCGAGAAACACCGCCAGUUCGAGGCCCUGCGCAAGAAACACUACGAGAUGAAGAACGUCGCCCAGCUGCUCGGCCACCCAGAGUCCAUCCCGGACGACGACGACGACGACGUGCCCCCGCCCAUGCCGCCCCUGCCCAACGGCGAGGCUGCAUAG